CAGCCGUCUCCUCCGGGGCGAGAAGGAGAGAGAGAGAGAGUCUCCAUUUUGAAACCCACAGCCUGGCCGGGUCGGUCUGGUAAAGAAAGGCAGCCGCGAUGGUGAAGCUCUUCAUCGGCAACCUGUCCCAGUGCACCACGGCGGACGAGCUGCGGCCGCUCUUCUCCCAGUAUGGGAAGGUCAAGGAGUGCGACGUGGUCAAGAACUUCGGCUUCGUGCACAUGGACAGCAAGGAGGAGGCGGAGGAGGCGAUUCGCAACCUGCACCACUACGAACUGAACGGGCAGCCCAUGAACGUGGAGAUCAGCCGCAGCAAGACCAAGGCUUCCACCAAGCUCCACGUGGGCAACAUCAACAGCAGCUGCACCAACCAGGAGCUGCGCGCCAAGUUCGAGGAGUACGGGCCCGUGAUCGAGUGCGACAUCGUGAAGGAGUACGCCUUCGUGCACAUGGAGAGAGUGGAGGAUGCCAUGGAGGCGAUCAAAGGGCUGGACAACACCGCGUUUCAAGAUUUUGGCCAAAAGAGAUCUCGGAAGCGCAGCCGCUGGAACGACGAGACCCCGGAUCAGAAGACUGUGAUUCCCGGAAUGCCGACGGUCAUUCCUCCAGGACUGAGCCGGGAACAGGAGAGAGCUUAUAUAGUCCAACUGCAGAUCGAAGACCUGACUCGUAAACUGCGUACAGGAGACCUGGGAAUCCCUCCUAACCCUGAGGACAGAUCCCCGUCUCCGGAGCCCAUCUAUAACAGCGAGGGCAAGCGCUUGAACACGAGGGAGUAUCGCACACGCAAGAAGCUGGAGGAGGAGAGGCACCUGAUGAUCCAGGAGAUGGUCGCCCUCAACCCAGAGUUCAAACCACCUGCCGAUUACAAACCGCCAGCCACGCGGGUCAGUGACAAGGUGAUGAUUCCUCAGGAUGAGUACCCCGAGAUCAACUUCGUGGGGCUGCUCAUUGGACCCAGAGGUAACACGCUGAAGAACAUUGAGAAGGAGUGCACAGCCAAGAUCAUGAUCCGAGGGAAGGGCUCGGUGAAGGAGGGGAAGGUGGGCCGCAAGGACGGGCAGAUGCUUCCUGGAGAGGAUGAGCCUCUGCACGCCCUCGUCACUGCCAACACCAUGGAGAACGUCAAGAAGGCAGUGGAGCAGAUUCGUAACAUCCUGAAGCAGGGGAUCGAGACGCCGGAGGAUCAGAAUGACUUGCGGAAGAUGCAGCUGCGAGAGCUGGCCCGGCUCAACGGCACGCUGCGCGAGGACGACAACAGGAUCCUGAGGCCCUGGCAAAGUUCGGAGCCCCGCAGCAUCACCAAUGCCACCGUCUGCACCAAGUGUGGAGGCGCCGGCCACAUCUCCUCCGACUGCAAGUUCACCAGCUCUUUCGCCCCCAGGCAGGGAGACCCCCAGUCUGCCCAGGACAAGGCGCGCAUGGACAAGGAGUACCUGUCUCUGAUGGCUGAGCUGGGGGAGGCACCCGUCCCCUCCUCCACUGGGGGGGGCUCCAACAACCACCAUCAAGGCAGGAACUCUGGACCAGGCAACAACCAGGGCCAGCAGAACCGCCCCCCCUGGAUGAACUCCGGCCACUCUGAGAACCGUCCUUACCAGGGGAUGCACGGAGGGGGUCAUAGCGGGCAUGGGGGUCACCACGGCUUCCCUCCCCCCAUGUCCAACAUGCACCCCAACAACGGGCCCCCUCCCCCCUGGAUGCAGCCCCCACCGCCGCCAAUGAACCAGGGGCAUGGACCUCAUGGGCACCACCACAUGGGUCUGCUGCCUCCACCAAUGGGAAUGUUACCACCGCCCCCUCCUCCACCCAAUAGCCAGCCUCCGCCUCCUCCAUCAGCACCACUGCUGCCAUGGCAACAGCAGCAAGCCCCACCUCCUCCACCCACCAGCAGCAUGGCAACCAGUACACCACUGCCAUGGCAACAGAACACCAUCACCACCUCCUCUCCUGGCUCUGGAACCCUCCCUCCCUGGCAGCAGCAACAGCAGCAGGGCUCCUCUGCGGGCUCCUCCGCACAGCCCCCUCCCCCCAUGGGCAACCCCUCAAUGGUGCCCCCUCCUCCCGGGGUGCAGCCCCCCCUGCCUCCCGGCGCGCCCCCUCCCCCCCCCCCCACCUCCUCCCGGCUCUGCCGGCAUGAUGUACGCACCCCCUCCGCCUCCCCCUCCCAUGGAUCCCUCCAACUUUGUUACCAUGAUGGGCAUGGGUGUCCCAGGCAUGCCCCCCUUUGGGAUGCCUGCGCCCCCUCCUCCCCCUCCUCAGAGCUAAAGCGACCCCCCCCUAGCUGUAGCAGUAGGAGGCUCCUCCAUUCUGACCCGGCAGCAGCAGCAGCCUUAAUCUCACCUCACACCAGUCAACACAUUUAAUCCGGGAUUCAUGUUCCAAGUAUUUUAUUAUUUUUUUUUUAAUAUAUAUAUAAACUGUUUCCUUGGAUAUGCAUAUUAACCGGUCAUUCGCUUUUAAAAACGUUCCCAAUAUGAUGUGGCCACUUCUUUUCUCUACAUACACACAGCUGUGAGCUUUGCUACACCUGUAGAGUUAAGGAUUUUUCUGUACGAUCUCUUUCUUGAAUGCAUUCAUCUAUGGCUUUCUGUUUGUGUUAGAACACCAGGAUUUAAUUUGUGGGUUGUUGUUUUUUUUUCUCUUGUUGAAUGAAUGGAUCAGAUGUGUUUGUGUUGACCUUUUUUAAUGCAGAAACGAGUUGGCUUCUUUUUUUUUCUCCUCUAGCUCUGAUUUCCAUUCUUAAGUCCUGAUUCAGCUUUAACAUCAAGCCAUGUUUAAUACAUUCAGGGCUGGUCUAAUCCGUUCUCCAUGCUCCCCCAGUUAUCGGUACAGACAAGGAACACCUUCAAUAGUGGAGGGAAGUGCUUCAUUGUAAAGCCAUUCUCACACCAGGCAACUUUUUCCAGCUGCAAGUUGUGAGGAUUUAAGCCAUUCUUGACAAGCAGCACAAAUAACCCAUUCAUAUGUUAUGGCUUGAACCAUUCACAAUGAAAACUACUUCACUGUCACUUGCAGAAAGUUUAACAGCUGUUGCACAAAGCCUGUAGCACCAGAUCAAAGUAAGGGCAGUCCUGAAAUGGGAGUGUGUGUGUGUGGAAGAGAGGUUUGUUCAGCUUUCUUACGGGACUCUAAAUUAAACUCUGCCCGCUUUCAGCUGCUUGGUGUACAAAAUAAUGAAGAGCUUCUUCUGUGAAGCAGCAACAGUCUUCUCUCCCAGCCAUUAGUGCUAUAGUGACCUCCCCACCUCCCAGCUAAUGAAUGCAGAAUGGAGAUCAUUUUAAUUCGCAAUAGUACAUAACAUUACAGAUUUAUCAAACUUGGCUGGGGGUACCCCAUCCCUGACUUUUGGACAACUUGAUAUAUUUAGUGCUGAACCAGAAUGAAAUAAACAUGCAAAGUGGCUGGAGCUGGGAACUAGUGUCUUGGUUUCAAAUCCCUUUUCAGUUUGCUGAGUGGAAGCAGAGCCCACUUCACCAUUUUUUUUUUUUUUUUUUUAAAUAGAAAAUUAAAACUAUUAAGAUUGAACUGUUUUGAAGUUUAACAGAUUGGAUUAAAAGAAAAAGCUUGUGGCAUAAAUGUCUUUUUUUGUAUUUUAAUUUAACAGUACGCGAUGUAAUGACUGCCUUUUUGUAUGAAGUGUAAAUACCUCUAAACGUUUAAGAUCGCUUGUCCUACAACCCCCAUCCUCCAUAGACACUUUUCUUCUAGAGUCUAUUCCCAUAGAAACUAGAAAAAUAUUGAUACUUUGAGGAGUUGCCUGACAUCGGUGUAUACUAGAAUAUUUCUGAUUUGAAAAAAACGCUUCUAAAACAUUGCUUAAUUCAUAAAUGCUGGCUUAUGUUUUUUUAAUGAUCUUUUUGUAGGUUGUGGUCAGGACUUGUUCUGCCUUACCUCCCUAUCAGCAAGUCCUGCUCCUUGUGUCUGCGGAGGGAGGUCGUGCAGUGGCUUGUCUGCUCAUUGGUCUGUUUGCUUCAUCAUUAAGUUCUCCUUUCUUCGGUGUUUCAUGCCUGCAAUCAGUUACGUGCGCACCAGGUCUCAACAUGUCCCUUUCAGUGCUUCCUUUUUAUUUUAAUUGCUUGCCUGCUCUUGCGAGAUGACUUUUUCUCUCUAAAGAUUGCUUUUUGUUUCUGUAACUUUGAAAAUAAAGGGGAGGAUACAUUUACAAA